AUGCAAUAUGCUAAUGAUGGUGAUCUUCAAAAUUAUCUUGAAAAGAAUUUUAAAAAUUUAACUUGGGAUAAUAAGAAAAUGAUAGCGUUUCAAAUUGCUGAAGGAUUAAAUUACUUACAUAAUGAAAAUAUUUUGCAUAGAGAUCUUCAUUCUAAGAAUAUAGUAAUUCAUGAUGGUAAUGCUAAAAUUACAGAUUUUGGUCUUUCAAAAAAUAUGAAUUCAAAAUAUUCUACUAUUCAUAUUGGAACAUUUGGUAGAAUUCCAUAUGUAGAUCCAAAAAAACUUUUGGAUUUAAAUUUUCAGUAUGAAAAGGCUUCGGAUAUUUACAGUUAUGGUGUAAUUAUGUGGGAAAUCUCUAGCGGAUUUUCUCCAUUUAAAAAUCUUACUAGUAAAUGUGAUCUUGAGUUACUUUAUCUUAAAAUUCCUAAAGGAUACCGUGAAGAUAAUGUAGAAGUAACGCCUGAAGAUUAUAAGGAUCUUUAUGAAAAAUGUUGGGAUUCUCUACCUGAUAAACGGCCUAGUAUUAAAAAAGUAUUAGAAGAAUUUAAAAAAAUGGGUGCAAAUAUUUCAAAACAUAGUAAAUUUGAAUCGAUAUAUUGA